CUGCAUUUUAACAAGGGUCUUUUUCGCUUCCUUUUGUCGAUCAAGACCCUGAAAUGGCGGGGUGGUUCCAGAUAUUUUUCUUAUCUGCUAUGCUAUCGUUCUUGUCCACAUGGUGUUCUGCCGGUCGAGUGGCUACGAACUGCUGGACACUGGAAAUCGCUGGGUUCGUGUGGAUUAAAGAGUGGAUAAAGAUGAGGAGAACCAGAGUGGUGUGGAGAAUGUGUAGAAAGUUGGGUGAGGCUGAUAUCAUGAUAAGUGGGCUGUUAUAUCUUCAUGGUCUUGUCUUUCACUGCUUUCUCUGAUCAUAUCUGUCUUCCUAUUCAUAUUGUUGUUUUGACUCAAGUACUUAUCGUGCUAUAUCAUCGACUUGGAGAGUCUGCGACUCAUAUUGAUGCUCACCACUUGCUAGUUUCGCCAAGGACAUUACAAAUAGUGUUGUCAUACUACCUCAAUAUUCCAAACAUGCUCAAAGAACUUCCACCCUCGCCCCUCGCCCUCCUAUCACCUUCUCACCCCGAACAUCGAGCCGCAAGAAAGGAGAUCGAGAAACACAACCCACAUUUCAACACCAAAGACCUAGCGAUGAAAGCCGGUAUCCUCGCCUUGUUAGCAGGAAUAGCGUGUUAUCCUAGGAUCAAGGCCGAGGCAGAAUUACUUGGAGAGAAAGGGAAAGAUAAAUUGAAAGAGGAAGGACGGAAAGGGAGGAAGAAGUGGGAUGAAUUCAAGGACGAUGUUGAGGAUGAGCUUCAUGGACAUAGGAGGAGCGAGAGUGUUGAGACACGGCCAUCGUUGGAACCGCGGAUGAGGAGUCGGAGUGAAGGGUGGCAGAGGAGGGGUGAUAAGAGUAGGGAGUGGGAUUGGGAUGAUCGAAGGCAUCGGUAUAAGGAUCGAAGAGACAGACAUACGAGGUAUUGAUGGACGCGACUUUGGUACAGGAUACAAAACGCUUGCGUGCAUAUCGUGGGGAAAAGGAUGGAGUUUGGGCAGGUUCACUGAAUGUUUCAACGGAUGGCAUAUAGGCUGGCACGUCCAAAUUGUUGUUGUUAGUCAAGAGCUUGUAGGAUAUAGUUCAGAUUGUAGUCGAAGUAGUCCAUAUGUUGAUGCUUGUUUACAGUA